AUGUGCCACUGGGUUGUGCUAUGGCUAUGCCUCUGCGGAUCGGCCACGGUGGCCGCCACAGACUGGGAGCUGUUGUAUUGGGUGCUCCACAACGACAUCCCUUACGUUCAGUGGAUGCUGAGAAUUAGGCUCAGCAGAGGCAGCCUUGAAACAGCUAUGUGGUUCGACAACGCCAAAUAUAAUAUCCGGCCUAUGGUUGUCAAGGGAUCUGUCGAGACCACGAUGCUCCAUGCAGCUGCUUCGGAGGGCCUCCCGGAUAUGCUGCACGUGUUGCUGACUGCUUGGCCAGCAGGUGCACAGGCAAGAGAUUCAAGAGGCAAGCUGCCUCUGCACGCUGCAUGUGGGUACGAAGCCGGGCAAAAUCACUGCCCGAAAGGCAGCUUGGCUGUUGUGCAGCCGCUGCUUCAACAGUGGCCAGAUGGCGUGAAAGUGGCUGAUACCGAUGGCCGGGUGCCCUUGCACUUUGCAGCCGAACGUGGAGAUGUGGAGCAAGUUCGGCUCCUGCUUGAGCAUUGGCCAGAUGGCGUGAAAGUGGCUGAUACCGAUGGGCGGCUGCCCUUGCACUAUGCAGGCAUGAGCGGGGUUUUUCAGCUAGUGCAGCUCUUGCUGCAAAAGUGGCCAAGUAGUGAGAAAGUCGCUGAUCUUCGGCCGGGCUAUUUGCCCUUGCACUAUGCUAGCAGGGGCUCUGACGUGGAGCUAGUACAGCUUCUGCUGCAGCUUUGGCCGGACAGUGUGCAGGUUGUUGGCAACGACGGUUGGCUGCCUUUGCACAUGGCAGCUUGUUGUGGCAGUUUGGAGCUGGUGCAGCUGCUGCUGGAGCAUUGGCCCCAGGGCUUCCAUGUGGUUACCGAGGAAGGGGAAACGGUCCUUUCCCUUUCCAUUGCAGGCGGCAGCGUGCAGAAUGCUCGUUGGAUAUUUCAAAGGUCCCCGCCGCCUUCUUACAUUCCAAACUUGGACUGCGUGGUCCUGAUUGAGCUGGCUUGCAACACCACCGAAGCGAGCCAGUCGUGGAAAGAUGCUGCAAGAGACCUGAAGUGCUCGAAUACGAGGUGGCUAACCAAGCCAGAAUUGCAAUUGUGGCUGGACUUCUGUGGUGGCAGCCCAAACUUUCGAGAUAGUUCUGGUUCACGGCUCAUAGACCUGCUGCAGGAGUCUGAAGCGCAGGAGUUCUUGGAAUUUCGUGGGACGCAAGAAGACCGGAUCACAACAACCUUGAUCGACUGGUUUAUUUGGGUGGCGCUGAUCUCGGCGACGAGCACAGCUUUUGCUGUCGUAGGCCUUGAGUGGUUGACGGUGAGAUUUAUGCGGAACUGGGGCUGGCUGAAAGAGGUGUCCGUCCCGGAUGAGUUCGAAGAGUCAGCGAAGCUGCUGGUUGGCCAAGCUUUUGCCAGGCGUGUGUGGCUGCUCAGGUUGUGGCGCUGGCUCGAGCUUCUGGUUGCUGUUGUCUUACUUGGCCCUUCGCUCUUGCUCAUGUACUGGGUGUGGUGGUUGCCCCUGGUGGCUUUUACCUACGUUGUCCCGGCAGCCUGUCGCCAUGGAAUUCGGAAGCUGGUCCAAGCCCCGGUGCUGACCAUCUUCGCACAGGGUGCCGCGGCCCAGGUCAUUGCCCUUUUGCGCACAGCGCUGUUUUUGGGCAUCCUGGUGAACGUACAUGUUGUCAGCGAUGCUGCAGUCAGUUACGGUUACGGCGACGAUUUUGCAAGUAUGCCUUCGAUUGCGUGGAUGCAGAACCUGAUCAACCCUUCCUACGAGGAUUGGUAUCGGUCAAAGUUGAGACUGUGGCAUGAAAGUCGACUGCAUGAUCACUGGCUUUUUGAAGGGGGCUCGCAAAUCAGCGCCGCCACCUUGUACCAGUCUCUGGAGCAGGUGGGAGCAUGGCUCCUCGUCCUGUACCUGGCAUGCCUGCUUUGUGCAGUCAUGUGCCGUUGCGUGCAACUCCUGCUCAAACAAAGGGCCGGGAGCGGUGCUACACAUGACGGCCUGAAGCAGCUCGCAGUCCGGGAGUUGUUGAAGACCCCGAAAGACAAGAUUCAAGGUUUGCACGCUAGGAUUAACCCCGCGAUGGCGAUGACCAAGGAGGAAUUGCCGAGAAAGAUUGUGCCGGUUGUCACUUUGACUUGGCCCUGGCACCAAGGUGGCGGGCUGUGGCCAAGUGUGGCUGUUUGGUUGUUGGAUGUGGGCCUUGACGUCAACACCAUCUUCACUUUUCUCAUGGCGAAGCAGUAUGUUUUCGCUGCAGUGACAGCUUUCGUGGUGGUCCGUAGCACCUUCAAGCAGGUGCUCGUGCUCGCCCCCUGGAAUUUGCCCGAGGCCGUGCGGCAAAGUGCACACAGAGGCCUCGUGCGGAAGGAUCUGCUGGACAUGCUGGAGGAGGAGAAGCGUUCCGAGGCGUUCCUUUGCGGUUGCAUCACGGCCUACUCCGCCAUGUUCUCUGUCGACACUGCUGUCCAAAUGCUGGUGCAGAUGUUAAGCACUCUUCUCAGCACGUGGUUGUUUGCAGGCUAUGCUGUUCAAGUUUGCGACUUCGAAAUGGAUGAGGACGCCGUCAACAACUCGUAUGGAGAAGCUGCACAGGAAUCGGUGCCGGAACCCACGCUCCACGAAACAGCUCAGGGCCUGCCGGCUGGCGAGAUGACCCAGAAAGAUGCGAAUGAGGAGACAUGGAUUUCCGUAGUUGCCACGGAGGAAAAGGAAGCGGCCUCCCUUGAGGUCACCAAGGACGGCGAGAUGUUGAGUAGCCAAAGGUACUCAAGCUGUGCAGCCCCGAAGGGGCCAGCAUCCAAGGCAAGAGCGAAGAAGAAGCCUGGGUCACGAAAGCAGAAAUCCAAAUUUUCCAAGCCAUCCCCGGCAGACGUAAUUGGCGCCUCAAAACAGGCAUCGUGA